UUUUGGAAAUGCGCAAGCUCUGGACAUUGGUCAACAUAACCUUUACCCUAGAGACUCAGGCGAAGACGAGGCUGUCGAUAUUUCUGUAACAGCUGAAAAAGAAUUUAACGAGACAGCCUUUUUGGGCAUUAGAGCUUUGGAUGAGGUUGGAAAUGAGGGAGCUAUGUCUAAUAUUGUGUCAAUAGUAAUAGCAAAUGGAUUUAACAUUUCCUUCAACGGAAGAACAAAUCAUACGUACAUUGCUCCUCCGCCUAUCAUAGAUGAUGAUAAAACCAUCGUGGGUUUAAUUAUUGGUGUUGUAAUCGGAACAGCAGUGCCGGUUAUCAUCCUCAUUGCAGCAUGCGUCGUUAUAAAUCUAAGAAGGCAUAAACUAAAUAACCCACACUCCACCCGAGAUCCACGAAAGGAAGAAACCGGCGACAAUCCGUCAUUCUCUGAAGGCAAUCGAGCAUAUAACCAUCAAACACAAACAGCAUACGUCUACAAGGGAUACGGAAGUCAUGGUCAAAUGGUCGUUUAUUAACGUCUUUUGAAUUGUCAUAAACUUUAGUAUUAUCAUUUUGGUUGUAAGAUAUGAAGCGUUAUGAACAAUCUGUAGAAUCUGAUUACGUUUCGAUACUACGGAUUUCUUUAUUCUUUCUCAUAAUACAGAAUAAUAUAUGUUUAUGUUUUAUUGACAUGUUUCUGAUAUUCGCAUGUUUACAUUACAUACAUAUUGAAAAGUUAACAUGUUUUAACCAUAAUAUUUGAUUGAAAUAAAAGCAUGUUGUGUGCUUACAAGAAAAUUGAGUUUCGGAUAUUGUACACGCUCAAAAUACAAGCGCGAGGACACACGAAAUCGA